CGUGAAUGCAGCGUUCGGCCAAACUGAGCUUCCGUAGUGCGUCACAUGUUGACUAGUUUGCUAGUUGAUGCUACCGAAAGCUGGAAAAAGAAUUGAAAGUCAAAGGAAAAAACGAACAAUUACUAAGAUAAUUGUGCCGUUAUUGUCGGUACACGGCACUUUUCUUUGACAUGCCUUAAUAUCUCCGUGGGUUGUUGGAUAAAACACACAUGUUCAUGUUUUAUUUAUCCUGACGAGCUAAUGUAGCUAGCUUGUUUGCUAGCCAGGAAGAGUUGACAUCUCACUGUUGGCUUCAGGUUAGCUAACACAGUCAACAUAGGAGCUAAAAUAAAGAGAGCUCCAGAUGCGGCUAAAGGACCCCUUCUCUUUGAAAGCCGCCGAUAUGACUAAGCGGACUAAUAAGCCGAGAAGACCUCGAGAUGAGGAGUCCUCAGAUGAAGUCAGUGGGUUGACUUGCCAGCAUGUGAGUAAGGCGGUGGACCUGAGCUCGGUGAAGAAAUCAGUGCUCGCCAGCGUGUGGUUGGUGUGCUCUGAGUGCUUAAAGGAGAGGACCAUGAUCGAUGGAGAGCCAGCAGCCUCCCAUGACAUCCUGGUGUGCUUAAAGUGUGGUAUCCAGUGCUGUAACCAUUCAGGGAUCCAGCACGCUGUCCGGCACCACCAGGCCUUCAAUCCAGAGUCUCACUGCAUCACCAUCAGCUUGAGCACGUGGAAGGCCUGGUGUUUUGAAUGUAACGAGGAGCUCUCCACACACUGCAACAAGAAGGCUUUGGCUCAGACCCUGGACUUUUUACAAAAGCACUCUGUCAAGGCAACAUCAGGAGCGUCACCCAAGAUCAUCAAGCUGCAAGAGGAACCAUCAGAAUAUACCGACUCGCCCAAAGGCAAGAGUCCAGCCGCCAACAGCACCUUGGUCCCCGUCAAAGGCAUAAAUAACCUCGGUAACACCUGCUUCUUCAACGCCGUCAUGCAGAACCUGUCUCAGACGCACAUGCUCAUCGACCUCAUCCAGGACGUGAAGGACAAAGGCUAUAAACUGAGGAUCGGCCCCACCGUCGAUAGCAACGUGAGUCCGUUGACGGUAACGCUGCACAGUCCAGAGCCGCUGACUGCGGCCAUGUUUCUCUUCCUGCAGAACAUGAAGGAACCAGGAAAAGGCCCAAUCAAUCCCAAGAUCCUCUUCAACCAGCUCUGCCAGAAAGCGCCGCGCUUCAAGGGCUACCAACAACAAGACAGCCAGGAGCUACUCCACUACCUACUGGACUCCAUACGAGUAGAGGAAACUAAAAGGGUGAAAGCUGGAAUUCUGAAGGCUUUCAAUAAUCCCACAGAAAAGACAGCAGAUGAGGAGACCAAGCGCCAAGUCAAAGCAUACGGAAAGGAAGGUGUGAAGAUGAACUUCGUGGACCGCAUUUUCGUGGGCGAGCUGACCAACACAAUUAUGUGUGAAGAGUGCGAGCAUAUAUCCACAGUGAAAGAGGCUUUCAUAGACAUCUCUUUGCCCAUCAUAGAGGAGAGGAUAUCAAAACCCUCCAACCCUGGUCGGCUGGGGAAGGGCAGCCGGGAGCAGGACACCCACGUGACUCACAACGACCAGGUUCCUUCCGCAGCGCACUCCGUCAACAGAAACACGAGGAAGCUGAGUGGACAGAAGCCGCAGAGCAGGAGGUCUUCGAGCUCUGUGGAGGAGAAGAGAGCAGGCUGCAGUGCGCUGCGGCCAGAGGAGGAGGGGGUAGCCGCCGGAUCAGCUCGAGGCGUCUCCGUCUGCAAGAUGGCCGCUGCCGGCAGCCUGUCGGACGGCAGCGAAAGAGACUCGGCCGCUCAGGACAGCAGCAACGACGCCGACAGCGAGGCCUCAGAGAGCGAGUGUUCCCCGCGGCCCUUUUCCUCUAGCCACAGCCACGGGCACAUGUCCUCCACCUCCACCUCCACCCUCACCCCGUCCCCCACGCCCGUCUCCGCCACCUCCCCGACGUCCUCCACCGCGAGGCAAAGCGGCGCCGUGGAGCAGCUAGUCACCGGGGUCUCCAAAGUCAACCUCGGGUUCACUUCCGGGGACUGCUCCCCAGAGGAGCCGGGAGAAGCGCAGUCGCGAGACAACCUCCACCAUCAACACCACCAGGGGGCCUUCCAGGCGCUGUCCCACAGUUACACACCCAGCUCCAAGGAGUGCUCCAUCCAGUCCUGCCUGCACCAGUUCACCUCUGUGGAACUGCUGAUGGGCAACAACAAGCUGCUGUGUGAGAGCUGCACUGACCGCAGACAGAAACAGCUGCGCAAGAGCAGCUCGGCCGACAAGAAGGUGGAGAAGAUAUACACCAGUGCUAGGAAGCAAAUCCUGAUCUCCUCGCUGCCUCCUGUCAUCACAUUGCAUCUGAAACGCUUCCAUCAGGCGGGGAUGAACUUGCGAAAGGUGAACCGCCAUGUUGACUUUCCCCUGAUCCUGGAUCUGGCUCCGUUCUGUUCGGCAUCCUGCAAGAACCUGGCAGCUGAUGAGCGUGUCCUCUACAGCCUGUAUGGGAUUGUGGAACAUAGUGGCUCAAUGCGUGGGGGCCACUACACUGCAUAUGUAAAAGUGCGCGCUCCCCAAAGGAAAACGGAACAGCACCACAGGAACCUGUCAGGUGCGCGGGAAGCCGGAAGCAGCUUCCAGGGCCAGUGGGUGUACAUCAGUGAUACCACCGUUCAGACGGUACCAGAGUCAAGGGUACUCAACUCUCAGGCAUACCUGCUCUUCUACGAGGAACUGCUAUAAUGUGACUAUCAAAAAUAUUUUUCCCUAGAUGUCCGUUUUGCUUUGUAGUGUUGUUGUUUUCUUAUGUACAUGCCUGUACUACUCCUCAUACUGUAUCUGUGUGUACGUGGAGGAGGGACGAAAAAGUGAAAAACUUCACUGUACACUCAUUUGUCUUACGGGGAUGGGAAUGAACGUUUUGCAUAGAAAAAUGAUUUGAUUUUCCAGUUUUCAAAAAAUCCUUCCCCUUGAAAAUAAUUGGGGGGGGGGAAGAGGUCCGAAAAAAAGCGUGUGACUGAACUUGAGCUGUUCUAAUUGUAUCGUCUAUCUCCGUCACGAUCAGGUGCCUGAGAUAUCAACUGCAUGAUGGCGUUUUCUACAGGAAAUACCAGGAAAUAAGCAGGAUUAUUGCAUGCUAAACUGCGCUCAGCACUGACUAGUUGAUGUCAAGUGUGUACGUGUGCGCGCGUGUGCACAUACACACAUGUGUGAGUGGGAGACGGGAGAUUGUAGAUUCAAGGUGCUGUGUGUAUUCUACACAGUUAGUUUCUUUUGGCUCUGAUUUGUUCAGAUGUGUGCCCUCGAUUGAGGAAAGAUGAAUUCAGACUGGUUUGUGCAGAGAAUGGAGCGCGAGGACGAGCAGCAGUAUCAUUCGUGACGAGAGUUUAUGGCAGAUACCGGCGUGCAUUUGGGGAAUCUCGAGCACCAAUUAUACGGCGCCGCAGGCGUUAAAGGAGCAGUGUGUAGGAUUUAGGGGCCAUCUAUUGGCAGAAAACUAAGAACGGUUGAGUUUUUUCGGUAACGUAGAAGUCCUUCAUAUCGACAAAAAAAGAGCUGGUCCUCUUCACAGAGUCAUUGACUGUAUGUGAGAAGCGGACGUAGUCGUCGUGACGUCACCCAUCUGCUUGUGGACGGAUGUUAUGAAAGCCUUGAUUUCAGCGUGUUGGCCGUCGCCAUCUUGGUUUCUGACAACGAGCGAGCGGAGGUUACAGGAGUGACGUAGAGAAGAGAGAGAUUUUUUCCGAUUAGACGUUACCUGAAGGCCACCGUAGUUCUCUGACGCGCUUGGAAAUUCUUCACGCUUGUACUUUAAAUAGCGAUUAGGGAUUGUCUCUGUCCUUACCCUCUGUAUGUAUGCUAAUGAUGAUAACCAAGCUAUCACGUAUUAGUCAUUUAAUUCGCCGUACUGCUUUAAAUUGUUACACAUGGCACCUUUUUAAGAACAGCACAACAAUUAUUCUACAGCCUCUUUUGAAAAGUUUUUUUUUUUUUUUUUUUACAUGUGAGACUAUCACUUAAUUACAUUUGCCAAAGACAAGUUUUGCAACCGCAGAAAAUCCAAAACACACACACACACACACACGGAGGAGUUUACAUCAUUCAGUUUAUUUAACGUUUGUUCUCUCAAGGUCAUCAGUAUGGUUCUCGAGUGUCGCACAAAAAAACGCACUCGGAUGUUUAUCAGACCAACAAAGCACCUUGUCUGCCUUCAUUGUGUUCGGCUCUACUGUUGCUGUAUAGGCUCACUCACAAACCCAUUGAGUUGUUCAACUAAGCGCUGUGACUAUCCAUCAUUCUAUCAGUAAGGUUAAACAAAACAUAACUUUAACUAACGCCUGACUAGAAUAGAAAACUGUAAUGUGCAUGGGUUUAUGUAAAAUAAUGAAUGUAUUGCUUAUUCUCGAAAUGUCCGUCAAAUGAUCUUUUUCUAUGAAAAUAUUUUAGAAAAAGAAAAGGUUGUUUGCCAAAACGGUAGAAAGAACUUCGGCUGAUCUAGCGGGUUUUUUCCUUUCUAUUUAAUUUUAUUUUUUAAACGAGGACAAAUUCAGUGCCUGUGCCUCAGGUUUAAGAAACCUGUGCACGGUGAGAGGAAAACUUACGCAGAAUAAAAUGCAAAGAGGAAUAUGUGUGAGAUAACUAUAUACAGUAUAAGUUACUGUAAGCAAAAAAUAAUAAAGAGUAUAUGUAAUUGUACAUAAUAGAAACGAUACAAAACCACGGUGCUUCGGGUGUGCAGUUUUUUUUUUUUUUUCUUCCUCAAGACAGAUUUUUCUUUCCAGAACGUCCUUUAAUGUCAUUUAUGAAAUGAUUUAAACAUGUGGAAUGAGUAAAAACUGCAAACUGUAUUAAAAAAAAGAAAUAAAUCUAAUUUAUGACCAGAAUAUUCUACAGGACUCAUCUUUCUCUCUGUGCGUGAGCCCCCCUAUUGUGCAGCGAGAUCACAGGGGAGAAGGGUUUCGCCGUUUCUGCUUUGGAACUCGGAUGUCAGCCUGUUUUUCACUCCAAGCGGGAUGUCGUCCACCGUCCCUCUCUGGGCUGUCGCUGUGGAUCCCGCGGUGCCAUAGUCAGCCCGUCUUCACCGGUGAUCGGCCCCGACGGGUGCAAAGCAGCGCUGCUUCAGAACAUGUCGCAGAGCUGGUGAAGAGGAGGUGGGUGUGGAAUCAGGAAAAGGGCAACGUCCAAAUACAUCGCCCUUGCACACACACACACACACACACACACACACACACACACACACACACACACACACCCCUCCCUCCCUCGUUCCCACACGCUGUGACAUCCGAGUCGCGCUGCCGGAACAUUGAAACAGGUUGUCAAG